AGCCGAGCGUAAUUACCUGCAACCAUUACAUGCCACCAACCGUCACGACCGUACCGGCAACCAAACAAUCGGACUUGCGUUUCACGUUGUACCCCAUCGGUUUAGCACUGAGCGCCAUCUUUCUGGCGGCCACCCUUGCCGCAGGAUCUCUGCUUCCGGCAAGCCACCACGUUCUGCAUUGGAGAUGCCAAACGAAUCACAUCGUAUGUUUACUUAUCGGUUACAUACUUUUGUGCAUCAUCCAAAUCGCCGGAAGGACCAUGUCGCCGAUGCCAUGUUUUUUGAUGGCGGCAGCGAUGCACUUCGUCUUCCUGGCGGCAUUUUUCUGGUUGAAUACUAUGUGCUUCAACAUCUGGUGGACCUUCAGGGACUUGCGUCCACAAAGUUUGGAGAAAAGUCAGGAGCGCUGCCGAUUGCGUAUUUACGAAGCGUACGCAUGGGGUGGUCCUUUAAUAAUCGCCGGAACAGCAGCCGCCUUAGAUAGCGUACCGAAUAAUUCCGAUUACGAUUUUUUGAGGCCAAGGUUCGGAACGAGUAAUUGCUGGUUCCACGGUAAGUCUGAAUUAAACGUUCAGAAGACGCAGUCUUCCAUAGUACGAUUCUAUUAUAUUUCCGCAUUCUCAUAGAUACCGCUAUAAAGU